AAAAUAAUUAUUCAUUUCCAUUAACACAGAGCAUUCACUUACUACCCAAGUUAAAGCAUGGCUUCAAUUUAUUUGUUAGGUGUUACUACUCUCACAAUAUUCACCUUCUUUAUUUUUAAUAAAAUUAUAAAGUAUGGUCGUAAUUCAAAUCAUCCCCCAGGUAAUGUUGGGUGGCCGAUCUUAGGCGAAACUAUAGAAUUCUGUUCAAACCCUAAAAAAUUUGUUCAUGAUCGAAUGACGAAACACUCCACAGACAUCUUUCAAACCUCAUUUGGAGGUGAUAGAGUGGUCUUUUUUUGCGGUCCAUCAGGUAACAAGUUCAUCUAUUCAAAUGAAAAUAAAUUUACGAAUUGGUUACCAAAGAGCAUUGCUAGAGCCUUUUCACUAACUAAUGUUGAUAAUAAGUCGCUUCAUUGGAGAUUUUUCAUGGAGCACUUACACAACUUCCUUAGACUCGAAUCCCUGCAAGAUUGUGUAGGCGUUAUGCAUUCAAGGGCAAGCGAGCACUUGGAGAAGCAUUGGGUUCCUUAUAACGAAGUUAAGGUCCAACCUUUAUCGAAAGACUUCACUCUAUCUAAUGCUGUCCAUCUUUUAAUUAGCUCAAACGAAGAUCUAGCAAGGGAAAUCGCCGAACCCUUCUACACUUUGGCUGAGAGGGUUCUUUCGGUGCCAGUAAAUUUGCCUGGUACAUCCUAUAACCAGGCUUUGAAGGCGUCGAAGGUUGUUAAAGGCAAGCUUGUGGAUCUAAUGAGGAGUAAGAAAGAAGAAAUAUUAUCAGCAAAGGAAAAUAAUGUGGAUAUCGAAAUCGUUGGCAAAGAGCUGUUGAGUAAACUGCUUAUUGCUUCAUAUGAAGAAGAUUUCAAAUCUAUUUGUGACGAGGAAAUAGCGGGUCAAAUGAUUGGUCUCCUAUUUGCAGGGUUUCAUACUACGAGUACUUUGAUCACAUUUAUAAUAGAUUAUCUUGCUCGAUAUCCUGAUGUUUAUGCAAAAGUCUUACAAGAGCAAUUGGAGAUAGCACAAUCGAAAAAGAAAGGGGAGCUAUUGAAUUGGAAAGAUAUUCAGAGCAUGAAACAUACAUGGAAUGUGGCAUGUGAAACCAUGAGAUUAAAACCUUCUGCGGUUGGAGGUUUCCGAGAAGCCAUCACCGACAUCUCCUACGCCGGCUACACUGUCCCAAAGGGAGCGAAGGUACAUUGGAAUGUAUAUUCAACACAAAUGGAUCCAACUUACUUUCCAAAUCCAGAAAAAUUUGACCCUUCAAGAUUUGAAAAAAUAUUGCCACCUCGUGCAUUUGUACCCUUCGGAGGAGGAUUGCGCAUUUGCUGCGGGAGGGAGCUUGCGCGAAUUAGUACUCUGGUUUAUAUACACAAUGUUGUAAUUCGAUUUACACUUUCAAAGGCGAAUCCCAAUGAAAAGAUAAUUUAUAACCCUGAUCCCUACUCAGUUGACGGGCUGCAAAUGCGCUUUAAACCACAUGAAAUUUAGUCUUUAUUUAUACCUGGUUUGGUAUUAAUGGUUGAAGUUAUUAUUAUUUAGAUAUUUAGCUUGUUCAUUUGAGGUGAUAUGAAUUCUCUUCCAUUUUCUUCAGAGUCUAUUUUGUAAACGAUAUAAAUGGUGAACAAGUUUGUAUUGUAUUUCUUAUAUAUGUUAUAUUUCAG